UAGAAAAUAACGCUCGACGCGUCGUUUCGCGAGGAAAAUUCGCAAUAACGGAAUUAGUCCUGCGAGUUCAGGAAAUUAGCUUCGUUCUCGUCUACCCAACACUCUCCCAGUGAAAGUUUUAAUUGUAUUCGGUAACGCGCACGCGACAUUCACGAAUACUCCUAGAUUUUCCCUUCGUUUCUUUUCUCUCUUAUCCCUUUCUCUCUCUCUCUCUCUCUCUCUAUCUUUCUCUAUCUAUCUAUCUAUCUAUCUAUCUAUCUAUCUAUUUAUUUUUCUCUCUAUCCUUUUCUCUCUUUGUUCUGUUCUAACCCUUUUCAGAUAACGACCAUCUUGAUGCUUCGAACCGAGUAAUAAUCGGGUCACGAGUGGAAUCAUGAGAUGUGAAAGUAGGGCGAAUGUAAAUCUCGUUGUACAGUUUCGACGAGGAUUAAAAAAGAUGGAAAUAAGAAACGAAAGAAAGGGAACGAAACUUCAGCAAAUAAUCGAACGUUAAGUACUUAUUCAUUUACACGAAAGAUAUACAGUUGUAUGUAUGUAUGUAUAUAUGUAUGUUUGUUUGUUCGUAUGAUGUAUGUUGUUCUUCGAAAUAAAUUUGAGAAAGGAAUAUUUUCUUCCUUUUUCUUUCUUUCUCUCUUUUUUCUUUCGUUUCCUUUUCUUCUUCUUCUUCUUCUUUCUUUUCAACGUAUGAUAAGUAACAACGAUAAUAGGAAUUAUCGGUCUUUUUUUUUCUGUUUUCUUUUUCCCUCUUUUCACGUUUUACAUAACUUCUUUAAUUAUUCGUUGUAAUUAUUUCGAUCGAAUGAUUACAUUAUAAGAACCGUGCGAAUACUUCCUUUUUCGUAUAGAUUAAUACGAUGUGAAAUUGCAUUUGAACAAUGAAAAUGAUGGGCAAUUGAUUUCUCAGAAGAAUUUUAUUCAAAAUAAUAAUCAUUAUUUAACUAUCCAAAGAAACAAAGCAAUGAUACACACAUUUCAAAAGAAAAACGUGUAUGUGCGCGUGCGUCAGAAACAGAGAGAGAAAGAAAAAGAAAAAGAAAAAGAAAAAGAAAAAGAGAGAGAGAGAGAGAGAGAGAGAGAGAGAGAAGUAACUAAAAGAAUCGAUGAAAGAAAAAAUGAAAUUAGGAAGCUGACUCAUUCCGUGAUUAUCAUUUUUAUACUAUACGCACAGGAUGGUGGAAAUUCGAAUUAAUUCUCUACAUCGUCGCUGUCAUCGCAUCGGAACUAUCUCUCUCUCUCUCUCUCUACUCGCGAGUAAAGAGAGAGAAAGAGAGAGACCACGUGGUCGGACGCGAUAAAAUUCUCUACGAUCGUACUCGUUCAUAAACAGGCCGACCGACGAACCGUUCGGUUAUCCUCUUUGUUUGCUCUUCUGCCUUCUUCUUUUCCCUUUGUUUUCAAUUCCCUCACUCUCUCUCUCUUUCUCCCUCUCUGCCUCUUUCUCUGUACUCUCUUUAAUACAAUUGUUCUUCGUCUUUCCUUACAGUCGCAAAGUUACUCUCUAUCCGUCUGUCUCUCUAUUUUCUCCAAGUGCAUCCUUGUUCUUUCUCGUUUCACGUGUCUCAACAAUUUCUACAUCUUCCUUGUGAUUUUUUUCUUUUCUUGUUUUUUUUUUUUCUUCUUCAACGAGGAUUUUUCACCAUGACGUCGAAUAACAUACGAAGUGAAUUUAGAAAGAUGGUUCACGAAGAAGGUGCUAUAAAAAAAACCAUCAUCACUGGAUUAGCCGAGAUGAUGGGUACAUCGUUAUUGGUGUUCCUUGGAUGCAUGGGAUGUGUUAGCGGUCUUGGUGUCGUCCCAUCUCAUUUACAAAUCACUUUAAAUUUUGGCCUAAGCGUUAUGAUCGUCAUACAGUGCUUCGGACACAUUAGUGACGCUCACGUUAAUCCCGCCAUUACAGUAGGUUCAGUGGUACUCGGCAAGAAAAGUAUUCCAGAGGCCUUGGUUUAUUUGUUGGCUCAAACGUUAGGAGCCAUCUCGGGUUAUGGCAUGUUAAGGGUAGUUACACCUACAGAGAAUUUAACAUUGGGAGGAAUAGAUGAUGCCGACAAAUUAUGCAUCACCGAUCUCCAUCCUAACGUAUCGGCGAUUCAAGGACUCCUAAUCGAAAGUUUAUCUACAUCUAUUUUGAUGUUGGUCACAUGUGCCGUUUGGGAUUUAAGAAAUGAGAAAAAUACGGAUUCUGUGCCGUUAAAGUUUGGUUUUACGAUUGCAACCUUAGCCACAGCAUUUGGCCCUUAUACGGGUUGCAGUAUGAACCCAGUGAGAACGUUGGGACCAGCUGUUUGGAACAAUCAAUGGAGUCAUCAUUGGAUAUACUGGUUUGGUCCAAUCGGAGGUGCCUUGUUAUCUUCGAUCUCUUAUCGCACAAUUUUCGGUGUUCAACGUUCAGUGGAAGAAGAAAAUGUACCGGAAAGAGUAGCUCUUAAUAGCGUCGACAUUUCUCAGAAAACAGAACUAAAAGAGCAACCUUGAGUUUAUUCGUUAGAAUAAACUCUCAUGGAAACUGGCCAAACCACCAUUGCCGCCAUUUUGAACAACGUUCUUUCCGAGAUUCUCGAAUAUGUGACGUUCAAAAGACAAGAGAGGAAAGUUACGGAAGUUAGCAACAAAAGAUGGGACGAUCUGUUCAAUAGUCACUGACCUGCUAACAAAGUAGAAACAAAAGAAGAGAUGUUAAAUACUGGAAUCAAUAAUUGUUGAAAUGUUAUUCCAUUGCGAUAAUCAUACGAUCCCUAAUACUCGUAGGUCAUUUUGACUUGCGUGGACUGAUGAAACAUCAUUUUUCAUAACGAUCAGUUUAUGAAUUUUUUUUCAAUUCAUUUCAAUAUCUCCAUCUUAUCGUUUAGAUUUUUAGAAAUCAUUAAUCUUUUCUGUCUUCUUUUUUUUUUCUUUUUUCUUUAACAAUAACAAUAACAAUAAUGAAUAAGUUCAUUCGCGCGAAUUAAGAAUAAGAUAUAUUAGAAAUACGUAGAAAAUUUUAUAUGUAAUUUUAUGGUAAAUUAUACGUAAUUUUGCUAUCAUCGAUCACGAUCGAUUUUUCGACGAUCGAUUCAUUCAAAUGAUAGAAGGAAUACGUACUAUAUAUUUAAGUGCACGAUAUUUCGGUCAAUAUUUCUCUUUUUAUUAGACUCAUAAUUUUUUUUAUCAAAGUGGGUUUCUAUAUAAAGUAAUGCUUGCUAAAUAAUGAAAAUAUUGGUACGCCAAACAAUGAGAUACGUUCGCACCAUAUUUUCGUUUUAUAUGCUUUUCAUUAGUAUUAUUUAAAUACUAUCUGCUUAACUUACGAACUGAUAAAUCAUAUACUCGUUCUACUUUGUUCUACUUUUUUUUUCUUCUUCUUUCCUUCUUGAUCAUCUUUUAUUAAAGAAGUUUUUAGACCGACGUGCACGAUAAAAAAUUGUAUUUAAGAAGCGUUUGUUAUAUUUCCUCUUUUUUUUUUUCAUUUUUCUUUUCUUUUUUUGUUCGCCUCGACGAACAAAGAACUUAAUUUUUAAUUAAUAUUUAAGCCUAAUUAAGUUAUACAUCUUGUACAAAUUUUCUUAAUGCAUUGAAAUUCAGGUAAACUUAAUAAUUUUUUACUUAUCAUCACGCGAGAUGAUCUAAUUUUGCCCCUGUAACAAUGUGAAUUUCCAACAAUCGUGUAAUCAUGGUUGCAUCAGUCUCAGGCACAAUCGUUUUACUUAAACUUUUUACUAUUGUUACAAAACAUAAAAAAUUGUCCUGUAAUUCGGACAAGAAAUUUUGAAAAAAUACAUACAUAUAAUAUUGCCAAGUGAGAAA